AUGGCAGGAAUACUCGAGAAACAGGAGACUGAGGGUAUAAAAGUGGAAAAGCGCUCACCUAAACAGACAACCUGGACAAGACGCCGCUGUUCUUCCACUAUCCAAGUGAAGAUCUAAGCACUGCUGAUUCGACAUGUGGUCGUCUUCUCUCUUCCAGCCUUCGUUUAGCACACCGAUGGCAUUGAGAGUUCCCGUCAGUGCGCUGUGGCCUCAGUCGCAGCUCAUUUGUGUUCAAAUGGAGAAUGAAAUGGCGAGGCAGAUGGACAACAUGAGGAGAAGCGCUGACCUGAUGAAUCAGCUCCAGCAUGUCUUACGGAGAGAGGUCCUUGAUACGGACAAAGUUCCAAGAUCGGCUGCACGUGGAGCACCUUCGUGCAAGGUGGAGAAGGACGGACAGCACUUUUAUGCUACUCUAGAGGUGGAAGACUUCACUCCCGAGGAGCUGACAGUUAAACAGGUUGGAAGGAAAGUCCUGUUGAGCGGAAAGAAGGAAAAGAAAGAGGAAAGCGAGGAGGGAUCCUACAGCUACAGGUACCAGGAGUUCAGACGAGAGCUCGAGCUGCCAGAAGACGUGAACCCCGAGGAGCUGAGCUGCUCGCUAAACAACGGACAGCUGCGCAUUGAAGCACCAAGGAAGGCACUGCCCAGUGUGCCCGAGAGAGUGGUGCCCAUUAAAAGUGACGUUUCGGGGCGCCUUAAGAAUGGAGAGGAGGAGUGAGAAGUGGGAUCAAAGAAAUUAUUGAAUCUUUGAAUGGACGAGUUUUUCCAGUCGACAUUUCAUGAAAUGAUGCAGAAAGGUUUCUGUCAUUGUGUUUGUUUAAAAUGCUGGCUACUUAUGAAGUAAACUUUGCAUUUCAUUUAUAUGCUUUUCCUAAGGCUGUUUUCUAUCAAAAGGUCUUCCUCUGACCGUUGUAAAUGGUACGGGAUUUGUGAUGGGUUGAAAAUGAAAGGAAAAGUGAACGUUAAAAAAAAUAAAUAGAUGUUAUGUACUUAGUUUGAGAAGUUCAUUUCAAUAAAAUGUUGAUUUACUUUUUUUUGUGGUUGCAUGUUUCAGAAUAAAUAUGUCCUCCAUUCUCUUAAUCUUUAAAAGUAGAUUGCUUUCAUGUUAUCCAUUUCUUAAUUUCCUCACUUCAUUGUUUGUAAAGGUUCAGACUAGUUAAUAAAUGUCAGUGUCAAGGUGAAUCUUGUGUACGAUAUUCAUCAGAUGUGCCUAAUUUUGUUAUUUUUUUUAAGGGAAAAGACAGUGGAAUGACAAGUGAAGAAAUGCAAUCUAAUUUACAGUAUAUUGUCUAAUGUGAGUCUAAUGUAUAAUUUAAUAUUAGAACCCAGUGUUAACAUGAACAGCAGAAGAAAAUUCUUACCUUUAAGGAAUUAAGGAAUAAGACCAAUACUC